AUGGGCGGUCACUGCGUGUCAUAUCCAUAUAAAGGAGGUGAGGACCUGUUGCGCUCUCAAGACUCAGCUGCCAAUCCACAGAUCCAACUAUAGGCGCAUUUCCAAGGACUGCUUUUCAUCACUUCGCCGAUGGAUUUUAAAGAGUUUGGAGGGGAUUCCUCUGAAGGAGAGACAGAGGACCUGGACAGCGUGAAAGCACUUACAGAGAAGCUGAAGUUACAGACCCGCAGACCGUCCUAUCUGGAGUGGCAGGAGCGGGUCCAGAGUCGAUCGUGGAAAGAAAGUUAUUCCGCUGACAGUCCGGGAUCUGGAGGAGAAGCUGAUUCCAUUCCUGCGACUUUGAGAAAUGAGAGCUCAGAGGUGGUUGUGAGCAACAUUUGUGGUUUUGACACUAUUGAUGACGCUUUGGAGUUUCUGAGGAAGGAGCUGAGGGAGAUGCAGGUUCAGGACAACCAUCUGGCCCGUCAGCUGAUUCACCUGCGUGGGGAGAUCCACCGACUGAAGAUAGAGCAGGUGUGCCACCGCCACAAGGAGAUGCUGGACGAUGCAACGUAUGAGCUGGAGGAGUGCGAUGAGGAGUCUGACCUGCUGUGUGAUAUCCCCAUGAAGGCCGCCUUUGCCCUGUCCACGCCACUCAAGCACCUGGGUGUCACCAAGAUGAACAUUAACUCCAGGCGAUUCUCCUUGUGUUAAGACCUCAAGGAAGGAUAUUCGUAUCACCUCCUCUGUAUACAUGCAUAUUAUGAGGCUUUAUUUCUCUGCUCAGGGUAUUUCGGCACUAUAAUGAAAAGUGACUCUUGGCCACUUGUGUGCUGGGUGCAAACAAAAACAACUCCUUUGACAUGCACGUUGGCUUGAAAUAAACAAGGAAGCUUUGGUGAGCGGACCAGUAUCAACACACCCUGCUGCUGGACUGAACUUAACCUACUCUUCUCGUUUGCUGACUGUUUCUUUCACAUAGUGGAGUAGAGAUGCUGAUGAAAACAUGUAAAUGGGCAAUAAGUUUACUAUCUUGAAUCAGCAGUAAAAAAAAAAAAAUGGAGGAGCUCACAUCAGAUUUGGGGAGCUUUUCACACAACUACACAGCUUAUUACAUUAUGGGAGGCUCAAAACAAGGGGUCAGGAACUAGAGAGGAAGGCUGCAGGAUAAAUCAAUGAACAAGACAAGAACCAAGAAGUCUGAUCCAUCUUUGUAGCAUUAAACACAUAUUUAAUCUUGUUAGGCUACAUUCUGAUUCAACUGGUCACAUCUGACAAUGUGCGGCUGCAAGGAGACAUUCUUCCAUCCUUAGAGAUCACCUUUAUAUUACAAGUAAAUCUGAAAUGUAUGAUAAAAUAUUGAGAUCGCACCUUGUCCAGCCAGAUUAAGAAAAUGUAGCCUACUGCGGAAAUUUACAGCUGAUUAUUGCUUUGAUAAGGCAAUGUUUUCUGACUGUCCCUGAAGUGUGGUUUCACACUGGCAUUUUUUACGCCUCUUCUUUAUAAACCAAAAAUAUCUCCUUAGCCUUGUCACUGCAGUGACAGGACCCAGGAGGCAAUGCCUGAUGCCUUCUGUUUUCCAUUACCCUGUUCAGAUGCCACAGAGCACAGAUUAACCAUAUAUGGCUGGAAAGUGACCAAGUGUAUUUUGAUUCUUAUUAGUGGGCAAUUGCAAGACAGGUUAAAUGGUUUAUUAUUUAACCUUACUGAAGUAAUGAUAGAAGGAAUACAACAUAUUUGGCGAGUGAUGUUUUACAUUUAUUGUAAAAACACUAUAUGGCAAAAACAAAAACCUAUAAGCUUUAUUGUUACUCUAUGCAGGUUGUAUAACAAUGCUACUUUAAAUUUAAUGUAUGUGUUACAAGUGAGAAUGAAAAAUGCCUUUAAAUGUCAACAGCAUAUAAAAAAAACAAUAUUAAAGAGACUAUCUGUGUCACCACCUUUA